UUUUUAUCAAUUUUGCAAAAAAAUAGAAAAUAUAGAAAAUUAAAUUCGUUGACUGUUUCUCCCAACUGUUUUUAGCUCUCAUUUAUUCUUAUUUUUCCGUAUUUCACUCAAUAAUCUCUUCAAUUCGCCUAUUUGGAUACUGUUUCUUGCAUAAUGAAUCCUACCAGAGCGUUACCUCAAAGCAAAGAAGCUUUACUGAAGUCUUAUAAUAGCCGGCUCAAAGGCGACGUGAAAUCGAUGCUAGAUAAUUUCGAAGAUAUCGCCAAGCUUUGUAAAACGGAACACGAUAUACAAAUCUCUCGUAUGACGCAGUGUGAACUCGAUGCUUACGAAAUGCAAGUUCGAUCAGCUAAUAUGGUCAGAGCAGCUGAAUCUCUCUUGAAAUUAGUAUCCGAUAUAAAGCAGUAUCUAAUUCUGAACGAUUUUCCUUCGGUCAACGAAGCCAUCACGCAAAACUCGAAGGUGUUUCGUGCCAAACAAGCUGAAUGUGAUCAAAAGCUAAUGAACCUGAGAGACGAUAUGGCUGCCGAUGUCCAUGAUUUGGAAGAAGAUUAUUAUACUUCGAAUUAUAAAUGUUGAAAAUUUAGGACGUGUUUCAUCGAAGUGCUUUUCCUCAAACAGCUGCGUCAAUCGGUACGAAAAACAACAAACAUGAAAGAAUAAUCGAUGAAUAUCAAUGUAUAAAGCGAUGUACCAAAGGUAUUUUUUUGGGGGAGGGGGGAAAGUUUGAUCUCAAUGAGGAGGGCUAGCCUAUUUGUAACCCAGCGAUCGCCAGGAGCCCCGAGACACAAAUGGAUCCUCGGGCCCUAUAUUUGAAAGCGUUUGCUCUAACUUAGCGCAAACCUUUAUGUUUUUUGUUUUUUUUUUCAAAUCGUAAUAAUUUUUAAAAAAUCUCAUUUAAAUUUUAAAGAACUGUUCAUACCAAAUAAAAUAAAAUACACUUUUUACCUGAAAAAACAUUGUUUUUUUCACUUCUCGAAACAAGUUUUUGCCCUCGCUUCGCUCAGAUCUGUUAGCUUUUCAUCAUUUUCCAAAAUUGAAAUUUUAAAAAAAUCAACAUUCAAAUUUCAAAAUGCUCUGGUCAGAAAAAAUUAUAAAACUUGAAAAUCAUUCAAAUUUUGCCAAAAAAAAAUUAUGAGAAAGAAAUGGUCCAAAACUCUUUUAUGAAAAUAUGCACAUCAACCUUACAGACUGUCGAUGAACUAACUGAGGAUUUUCGGCGGAGUAAAAUCCAGAUGAAACAGUCGAACCAUCAUUUUCAAAUUUCAAAUAAAACAACACCGCAAAUUGUUUCGAACAAAUGUAAUCUAUCGCAUUUAUCCACAAAAAGAAAAGUAAAACAAGGAAAAGCAAGCUUUUACGAGAGACAAUUGAGACAAAAAAACAGUAAAAUUAUUACAAUACAUAAAAUGCUCGUCGUAUUAAUAUUAUUAGGUUCACGUAUUAACAUCACAAUAAAUCAAGACUAGAAUAAAAUCUCUUUUUACGAAUGUCGCGAAUAAAUUAGAGUAGAAAUAAAUAAUUAUAGAUUAUUCGCUAAAAUUACACAUUAAAAUACUUGGGUUUUAAAAAUUGGAAAAAAAGUAAAGAACAUACCAAACGUACUACCAUUAAAUACAAAGCCAAUAACAAAACGAGAAUGACGUUUGCGCGCGCGUUUUUUUUCACCAUAAAAAAGUUUAUAGAAUACAAUACUCAAAAUAGUGGUAAAGUUUUUCACAUCAAACCGUAAUUAAAAUGCAACUUCUUAAAAAAUAAUAA